AUGAUUCUCAAGAGGCGCUGCUGCCCGCCUCUCGGUAGAGGUCCCUUUGUCGGCUUUUACGACAUCCACGGGAAGAGAUGGAGUAGUGCUAUUCGUGAGCGGCACUACACGCAAUACGCAUCCGAGGCGCAGACGGACAAUGUUUUGGCGGCCCAAAGAAAGGCUUUAGUUGAGCGACUGAACACUAAUUUAAAAUCGGUUUCGGAAUGGGGCGAUGCCAACUUAGUCAGGUUUAACUCCUCGAAAACGCAGGCUUGCCUUUUUACAGCUAAACGUACCGACUUCAGUUUAACACCUACUUUCCAGGAUGUGUCCUUAGAAUUGUCCAAUGAACUGGAGCUUUUAGGCCUAACGCUCUCCUCCAACCUCAACUUCAAGACCUUCAUUGAGUCCAAGGUGCAGGUUGCCGCUAAGAAGCUUGGAAUACUCUCCAAAGUGGCAGAAUUCUUCACACCGGAACAGCUCCUAAACCUUUAUAAAGCUCAAGUUCGGUCGGGUGUGGAGUACUGUUCCCACCUUUGGGCUGGUGCAGCAAAAUACCAACUUAGCGCCUUGGACUCAAUUGAAAAACGUGCGAUUAGGCUAAUCGGGAAUGAAACCCUUACCACCUCGAAACUGUAUAGCUUAGAACAUCGUCGAAAAGUGGCUAGUUUGGCAGUGUUCUACAGGAUCUACCACGGUGAAUGUGCUGAAGAACUGCACAACCUGAUACCCGCUUCUCCCUUUUAUCACCGGGCGACUCGACGCCGUGCUGGUCUCCACCCGUAUGUCAUCGACAUUCCACCCAUACGCACUAAGCGUUACGCCUCAUCCUUUCUCGUGCGUACCAGCAAGGAAUGGAACAAUCUUCCGGCGUCCGUGUUUCCCGAUAAUUAUAAUCUGGACUUGUUCAAAAAAAAGUGA